CUGGCAGCUCGGGGGUGUCACUCAGCACACCUGGUCCGCGCACCUGCUGCCUCGGUCGUUACUGCCACCUGCUCGCACUCUAGUCCCUCUUGCCAUUCCUGGCGGUGGAGUGACUCGCUCCGUUCGGUGCCCAUCCCGCUGGAGUAGGAGAGGUGCCUUACUCUCAACUGCCACCGCUGCAGCCGCCUGCCGCCUCGCCCUUCCCUCAAGUGUUCCCCCAUUCGCCUCGGCGCCUCCAGUGAAGUGCCUCCCUUGCAGCUGGCAGCUCGACACACCUCAAUCACUCCAG